AUGUCGACAUCGGCCGGCAGGCGACAACAAGCAAGUCACCACUCCAACUCAGUCACUCGGCGUCAGGCCGCGCGGAAAAUAGAGUUUGAACGAGGUUCAAAUUGUGGGUAUCCAUUAAAUAGUUUUUUAGAGGCCGCCAUUAUUGCUAUUAUCAGUAAAAUGUUGGUUUGGGUGCUGUGGAGAUUGCUUAGUGCCGCACUUGCCGGAAUUCUCCUUUUUACUGGCUUCUGUUUCUCUCAAACAGCAACAAACUACAGUUUCAUGCACCAAGCAACAUCAGCCCCAGCAGUGUCAUAUUUUGACUACAUCAUAAUAGGCGGCGGCACGGCCGGCUGCCCGUUGGCCGCCACUCUAUCCCAGAACGCCACCGUGCUCCUCCUCGAACGUGGUGGCUCUCCCUAUGGCAACCCUAACAUCACCAACCUAGGUGCAUUUGGAAAAGCUCUCGCCGACCUCUCGCAUUCGUCCCCUUCCCAACGCUUCAUCUCGGAGGAUGGGGUGAUAAGUGCCCGUGCACGAGUGCUGGGGGGCGGCAGUUGCCUCAAUGCGGGGUUUUACUCGCGCGCUGCCCCUAGAUAUGUGAAUGAUGCCGGCUGGGAGGGACGGUUGGUGAAUGAGUCUUAUAGGUGGGUCGAAAAGAAGGUGGCGUUUGAGCCACCGAUGAAGCAGUGGCAGAACGCCGUGAAGGAUGGGUUGUUGGAGGUUGGUGUGCAUCCUUACAAUGGUUUUACGUAUGAUCACUUGCCCGGAACUAAGGUUGGUGGCACAAUUUUUGAUGUCAAUGGUCACCGGCACACGGCAGCUGAUCUUCUUCAGUAUGCAAACCCUAGUGGCCUUACUCUGCUAUUACAUGCUUCUGUUCAUAAAAUCUUGUUCAGAGUUAAGGGCAAAAAGAGGCCAAUGGCUCAUGGAGUAGUAUUCAGAGAUGCAUUAGGAAAAAAGCACAGAGCCUACUUGAAGACUGGGUCAAAGAAUGAGGUAAUAUUAUCAGCUGGGGCACUUGGAAGCCCACAAAUGUUAAUGUUGAGUGGGGUAGGCCCAGCAGAUCACUUGAAAGCCCAUAAUAUUAGAGUGAUUUUUGAUCAGCCCCUAGUGGGCCAAGGCAUGUCAGACAACCCAAUGAAUGCCAUUUUUGUACCGUCGCCAAAUCCAGUAGAGGUGUCUCUGAUUCAAGUGGUUGGUAUAACCAACUUUGGAAGCUACAUUGAAGCUGCCAGCGGUGAGAAUUUCGCCGGUGGUGCUGACUUCGGGAUGUUCUCCCCUAAGAUUGGGCAGCUCUCCACUGUUCCACCUAAGCAAAGGACCCCAGAAGCCCUAGCCAAAGCUAUAGAAGCCAUGGAAGCACUUGAACCAGCAGUUUUAAGAGGUGGAUUCAUCUUAGAAAAAAUCAUGGGCCCUAUAUCCACAGGCCAUUUAGAGCUCAGAACCAAAAACCCUAAUGACAAUCCAUCAGUCACAUUCAACUACUUCAAAGAACCAGAAGAUUUACAAAGAUGUGUGAAUGGCCUCAAAAUCAUUGAAAAUUUGAUUGAAUCAAAGGCAUUUACUCAAUUCAGAUAUGAGUAUCUCUCAAUGACUGUUCUUCUCAACAUGACAGCCAAUGCCCCUAUCAACUUACUGCCAAAACACGCUAACGUUUCGACCUCGUUGGAACAGUUCUGUAAGGACACAGUGAUGACAAUUUGGCAUUAUCAUGGGGGCUGUCAAGUUGGAAGAGUUGUUGAUAGGGAUUAUAGGGUUCUUGGAGUGGAUGCUUUGAGGGUUAUUGAUGGAUCCACCUUUCAUUACUCCCCUGGAACUAAUCCUCAAGCCACUGUUAUGAUGCUGGGAAGGUACAUGGGAGUAAAGAUACUCAGGGAGAGAUUUCAAGGCUAA